AUGGACACAACGACCACCCUGGCCAAUCAACACCACGAACACCACCCCCGGGACCACCACAAGCACCAUCACAAGAACCAUCACCAGGACCACCACAACCACCAGCGGACUCCAUGCGCAUGCCCGCGGAGGAGCUGCCACCUGCGGACGUGCCGUCACCACCGCCACCGGCUGCUCCGGAGGAGCCCGGAAAAGACGAACCGGCAAGCGACCCUCAUCAAGCGCCAAUGGUCCUUAAGCUUGGUGCUUACCUAAUACUCCGUGUCGAUGGCGGUAGGGCUUUAUCGAGUGGAUUCCCUGCCAGUGUCAGAAAGGGGGUGGUGGCUUUAAUGUCCAGAAAGGGAAUCCACUCGAGUCUGCCUCCCCGGCAAAUGAUCUAGUACCAACUCUAACAUCAGUCCAGCAGACCCAUCCGUGGCACAGGACACCGACCGGCAAGAGGGAGAAGAGCUUCACCAAGCAGAAUCUGAAGGCCCUGGCCAAUCAACACCACGAGCACCAUCACCAGGACCAUCACAAGAACCAGGAGCCCCAGCGGACUCCGUGCACCCAGCGGACUCCGUGCACCCAGCGGACUCCGUGCACCCAGCGGCCUCCGCGCCCCCAGUGGAAGUAAAGCUGAAAGAAGAGUCUGACUCCGACCGACCACCACCUGCAGCCACUGGCCUAGCAACAGCCGACAGGGGCAAGCUGGUGGGCCCUGUGGUCGUGCCGUCACCACCGCCACCGGCUGCUCCGGCUGCUCCGGAGGAGCCCGGAAAAGACGAACCGGCAAACGACCCUCAUCAAACGCCAAAGGUCCUUAAGGCUUAAGCUUGGUGCUUACCUAAUACUCCGCGUCUAUGACGCUAGGGCUAUACCGAGUGGAUUCCUUGCCAGUUUCAAAAAGUGGGUGGUGGCUUUAAUGUCCAGAAAGGGAACCCACUCGAGUCUGCCUCCCCGGCAAAUAAUCUAGCACGAACUCUAACAUCAAUCCAGCAGGUUCACCCUUGGCACCGGGAGCCACGGAAGCAGAAGAAACGCCACAAAGGAGUGACCAGGAAGAAGACCAAAAAGCGAGGGAGGACAGGGAGUUGCAGAGCAUCGUCGAAAGUAGACUCAAUGAAGCACGCAGCAAAGAGCCACAGAUAGGCAACUCGUCACCAGAACCAGUUAACGUUAAGGCUGUUUAUAUUUAUAUAUUUAUCAUGUUCAUGAUGAUGAUCGGUAGCGUAUUUGUUGUAUUGCUAAGUAUUCAAAAUCUGAAAAUUAUACGCAAGUAGUACUUGAAGUAUUAGACUCAGGGGUAGUGCUAAAUUAGUAGCUCUUUUAGAUCAUAAUCUCCUCGCAUAGUGUCUAGCUUUUCGAAUACUUGUUAGCGACAUCAAGAUCAAGUAGUUUACAGGUACUGAGUAAGGUUUCACUGUAUCGCCGAGUCUCAGACAAGGGCGACGAUGCUCCUUGUAGGGCUACUUCCUCUGGUGCUGGUGAGUGGUGGCUUGAUGAAUCGAAUAAAGCUCCUGACUUUAUCUCUCGGCCUCACUGUUCUCUCCUAUUAUAGCAGCUCACGUCAGGUGCUUGAUAAUAUCACGAAAGAGGCAAUCUUCUAACAAAGCGGGAACUUCCGCCGCACUCGAGAUAUCUCUAGCCUGGGAGCACCCUCACUUAAGAGCCUCGAGGAUCUUCAAGUAAAGACUUAUUUUGAUCACGGAGUAUGACUCUUACCAGAUUUUCUUCCAGUUUUCCGAUCUCAUCUCUGACACAAAUCAAAUGGAUUUGCGUCACAGAUAGCGAAACCUGUUGGCCAGUGGUCGCUAUUCCGAAUGUUCCGCCUAAGGAAUCCCAAACUCAAACCAUUGGAAAGCGUGCCAGGUACUUCCUCGCUUUAUUUGCGCUAGUGCAUGUCUUCGGCUCCGCCUGUGCCCGUCUUCGUCCCCCCCCCGUUAUCGUCCCGGCUCCCCGUUUUCCGACGGUCGAACAACUUUGUAGAUUUCUAUUGCUGUAUACAUUGCUAACUUGUCCACCCAUACCCGCGCGACAUGUCCAACAUAAGAAGAGCAGACAGAAAAAGCAAAAACUUGAGAAGAGAGAGGGACCCCCCUGAGAAAAGGGCCGAAAGUUGACAAGAAAGAGCACAGAGGGACAGAUAGAAAAAGCACAAACCUAAGAGAGAGACCUGCGUGAGGAAAUCCCCAAAAAUUGAAAAGCUGACAAAAAAGAGCAGAGGAGAAAGAGACAGAAAGAGCAAAAACGUGAGAGGGAGAACGGCAUGGGGAAAAAGCUGACAAGGAACAGAAAGAGCAUAGGGGAAAAAUUCAAAAGAAGCAAAAAACCGGGGGAGGGAUCUGCGUCAGAAGUUGCCAGGUGCUGACCCCUUUAAAGCUGGAACGGGGGAGAAGAAGGAGCGCGUGCCAAUGCUAGGGCCUUAGAGUCAAGAGGUGCAGACGCAGAGUCUUCGAAGGGCUUCGGGAUUUGGCAAAGUUUUAAACUAGAGGCCCAAAAUUGAAAGCGCCCGGGAACGAAAAUGGGCAAGCUUUUGACUUUAGAGGAGAAAAUGAAUUUUAAGAAACUGAGCGCAAAGCCUUUUAAGGCUCUUCACAGUGGGUGACGAGUCUUGUAAGCUUCGUCGAAGUAGAUGAAUGCUACAGGUUUGAAGUUUGAACGCUUCAGCCUUCUGCAAAUGACAACACUAACAGAACACCAGGGCCAGCGAGCUCGCUGGCCUCCCAUUUCCAGGAGAGGGACUCCCUUCAAUAGCUGCAGGCCGCCAAGAAGAGGCCGGCGACUGUGCUGCCCCACCGAUGAACUCUGCCAGGCAGAGGCAGUUGCUGCAGCUUUGGGAAGGGGCCGGGCAAGCGGGGCCACGCAAUGGCGGGGGGGGUGCGUGUGGAGGGUGAGGGAUUCUAGUUGGGUAAGUGCUGCUGGGCGCUUCGGUCUAGUAGGUAAAGAACCCGACAGAGGGGCACUGGCACACAGGUGGAAGAGUUAUGCACAUGGAUCCACGUGAGUACAAUACUAAGAAGGGAGAAACUUCCUGGAAUCUUCCCAGAAUCUUCCCGGAUGAAUCUAUCCCGCCUUCUCGCUAGCAAUGGCCUCGGAAUCUUUCCAGAAACUUACCCCAGUCACGACUGGGAAACUUUCUGGAAACUUCCCAGAACCUUCUCAGAAUCUUCCCAGAAACUUCUGAAAAGGCACAAAAGUAGCGAAGUUUCUGGAAAGAUUCCGCGUCCGCGAAGUUGCUGCCUUCGGGAUUCACGUGGCUGGAUGUUUCUAAAAGAGAUAGAAAAAGAGAAGACCCAGCCCAGCCAGAGCGUGCUCUAUCUGAUAAAGAGGCACGCUCGAAAACAAAAGGAGCAGAAACAAGCUAAGGAAGGACCUUGACCAGCGAAGAGGUGCUGAACAUCGAAGAAAAGAACAGAGGAAGGACGGACUGAAAGGGCAAAAACCUGAAGGAGAGACCCUCAGGAAGAAAAGGCCAGCGGCUCACUUCUCUAGGGCUGAAAUGUGGGAGAAAUAUGCGCUAGGCCUAGUAAGUUUUCAUAGUCAAGACGUGUGGGGGCUUCGAGUUCAGCCAGCUGCCCUGCUGCACAGAGAGCGAGCCUCAGCGCCACUCCUUGGAAUAUGUCUGCGCCCGCCGGCCUGGCUUUCCUCGGUUUUCGGUCCCCUCGCUCGAUCCAUCGCGUCUCUUUGCUUUCUCCUUCAGAAGCUCGAUUCUCGGUGGGCGGGAGCCGGCUUCCGCCGUGGAUCGAGACUUCCCGGAAAUUCCGUGGGCCAGCCUGAGACCACAGGCGAAGGGCCACCGAAAAGGGCCUCAUGGUCAUCCACCUUGGGGCCGUCCAAUUACGGGCUUCGAAUAGCUCUCGCCGCGACCCCCUCGACCCCUGCGGGAGCUAGCUCCCGCUGGGGUUCGAGUGGUCUGUCUGGGGGUAAGUUGCUUGCUUAGCGGCGGGAGGGCCACUCGAAUCCCGGCGGGAGCUAGCUCCCGCAGGGGUUCGAGGGGGUCGCGCUGAGAGCUCUGCGAAGCCUGGAAUUGGAGAGUCUUAAAGUGGAUGACUAUGAGGUGGCCCUUUUUGGAGGCAAUUCGCGUUUCGAUCGCCUGUGGUCUCAGGCUGGCUCCCGGAAUUCUCUGGCAACCUCGAUCCACGGCGGGAGCCGGCUCUCGCGGGGGAUCGAGAUUCGGCAGGACAAAGAGACGCCGGCGGCGGUAGCUUAUCAUACAUUCUUGGCACCGAGUGGGAGGCCACUAGGCCGACAGAGUGCUGCGCCGGACAGCAACAACCGGACCGCGCAGACCACUCUUCGAGGGCUUGCCUCCAGGCUGGCCCCCAUUUAUGCCUCCCCUUGCUGCAGUGUCGGGGGAUGUGGAUGCGCGUGCUGAUGGGGUUGCGCGGUGCCCUUGCUGGGUGAUGCUCAGGCAAUCUGCCGCGGCUGUCCGUCGUGUCGUGUGUUGCCGGAGUCUAUUCGCCUGACAGGCUCCCGGGUUUUCGGCUUUUGUCGGCUUCGUAUCGUGUCUUUGUCCCCUGGGGUGUCGCAAGCAAGGUUUUGCCGGGCCGGCGGGCCGGGCGGUGUGCCGAGGGCUGGGCUUUGGCAAUUGAAUCGCCAGCGGCCAGGGCAGAGGCUGGCGUGAAUCGAAGCCGUGGCCGGUGACUGGCACAUACAUCGCGGGGAGGGUUUCGCGCUGCGAUGCGGUCCCUCGCGCGUGUACGCUGUGGCGCCACUUCAGCAACCGCAGCACCCAUCCGGGAUGGAUCUUCUCGGCCUUGGGUGUCGGGCGCUUUGAGUUCGAGUUUGGGCAUACUGGCCAAGCCCAGCAAGGAGGAGAAGGAGUGACACAGGGAAAAGGGUGCAGCUGCUCCGGGGCUGUUGUGUGUGGUGUGUAGCUGCCCUUGAAAGGAAGGCUUGGGCAGGUGGUCUCACCCACUCUUUCUUUUGGUCUGCGCCAGUCUGUCUUUCUCUGCUCGGCUUGGGCAGCGUCCUUGGGUUCCCUGACGGGGUCUCUUUUCUUAUCGGCAUCCAUGUCACUGGGUAACGCUCUCGCUUUCGUUUUGUUUCGCAACUCGCUCACUUUACUUUUUCGAGUAAUCGAAAUUGUCUUCGAUGUUUACUAUUUUGCCAGUCCUUGCAAAUGCAUGCAAAAACUGCGACUAUUUUUCCCGCAAGACUUACAGCUAGAGUAUCUUGAAAGAUUUGAAAACACUCUAUCGGCCUUCACUUCACCUUCUAAAUCCUGACGACGGUCGUGCAGACUUGGACUUGUGGGUUGUUCCACCCGAAGACUCGUCCUCUGUACUGCCGCUGUGCGCCGCCCCUGGCUACCGAAUCGGCAUCCAACAUACCAAACGAUGUAGCGGCGGAGAGUUGGACGUGGACUCAAAGCAGGACACUCCGCGGCCAGUGGAGAACGUUGUUUUUCAGAAGCGCGCUCCGUGUGGAAAGUACAGGGUAUGACGUGACUAGACUGAUUGAGGAGAGCUAAUUAUAAUUAAAGGAGGCGGCGUCUUCUGUUUUGUCGCUGAGGACGCCGCUUCUCCAUAUUCCAUGCUCUUGGCGAGUGAUUACAAGAAAAUAGGCAGGAACAGAACUGAACACCUUCACGCGAUGAGUAUCUUGGUCAUAUUUCGACUAGAUAUUCUACAAUUAUAUUAGAUAACAGAGCACAUUACUCCUCCUCAAUCAGUCGAGUCGCCCUUCAUAAAGAGUCAUAGUCAACACGUAUGCGCAGUUCAACGGAGGCUACAAGGGCGUCCAACCGGAGGGUUACCCAUGGACCUCGGCCAAAUAUAAAGUUAUCGGCGUUAGAGGUCACUUUUUGAAGGUCGACGUGUAGGUUAUUGUUGGCGUCUGGCCAUCUUUCUCGCUAUUCUUGACACUGUUUCUCUUGGCUACUAGAAGUACCAGCACUCUGCUUCAUUUACUUUUCCAAUCCUGAGCCGCGGCGCCCAUGAAGUAGAUUCGUCCCAAGUCAGGCUGCUCCUGCCGUUAUGCGGUCUGACUUGUCUAGUAUAAGUUGACAGUCAAGAAUAGACGAGCCCAAAGCUUUUAUAUAAACGCUCACUGACCUAGGCAAGACGCGGAUGAACAGCAAGAAAUUAGCGGGCCUAAAGAUUGACGUCCCGUUCCGUGUGUUGGUCAAGUCUCAUCCGCACGCCACUCUAGAGAUCGUGCGAGAAAAUGUUAAGACGAACAUGAAUGCAGCAUAGGUUAUAGAUGUUGGAAGAAGACGCUGAAGUCGGAGUUUGCAUCUACUUGCUUCUAGCAUCAUUGUAAUUUAUUUGUCAGGGGCUCGCCACCUCCACGCAGUUGAUGCUUCAUCUUCUCAACGAAAAACGUAGCGCAAUGUUGCAAGGCGAUGUAGUUAAUUGCAUUUACGUGUAGAGGUAGUGAUAGAAAAUAAGGAGGGCAUGGGGAAAGUUGUAUCGGAAUAUCGUAACUAUCGGACUCACAGUAAGGCAACUGGCCACACGCUGCGACCGGUUUUCUAGUGGCUAAAACGGGGCCCCUUAGAUUAAAGAUGCUCUGUGAUGUCGCGGGUAGGGCAACCUGGAGUGCCUGAGACAGCAGAACCACCCGAACAGGGAGGGGCCACCCAUUGGGGCAGGGCUCUCCGUGUCCUGUUUGACGUAGGAGCACCGGACCAACUUAGCGCGAGCGCCUUGCGGGUAGGUUCAGGCUGGCUACAGGAGUCAAAGAGGCUCGAGAGCUAUCGGCGCGCGGAUGCUCGUCACAGUAGACGCGCUCUGCUGCUGAGAAGGAAGAGCAGCUCCGCUUUGCGGGGCUUAGGCUUGUGGAGUCCAAGGCGCGGCCACGUGGCUGCCACGACGAGGAUAUCGGCUGUAGGCCGCCCUGGUGGUGAAGAAGCUGGGUGGUGUGGUAGGAGUGACAGGCCUGGAGGCUCUGCGGGGCUUUGUGGGUCUUGAGGCCGUGGCUAGGUGUGUAUAGCGAGGCGCGGCAGCCUUCCACUGGCCAUGCUGAUGCCCGAGGGCAUUCAGCGAGUGGGGCGCGAGGCUUGAUUGCGAUGAAACUGAAGGUGUCGCAGCCUCUUCGACUUGGUGAGGGCACACCCUCUCCAGCCUGAAGAGGAAGGUGCGUGCCCGGGCAGGGCAAUCAGCGAGCGCUGCUGUGACGUCUUAGGGCGCUAGAAACCUGGACUGAGGUGCACAACGGGUGUCGCCACGUGUGCGCGCAGGUGACUAGUGAGGAGAGCAUGGGCGCGCCUCCGGUCUGACAUGGCUGCGGUGGGUUCUGGUUCCUUCUUGUGCUUUCUCUGUCUCUGCCUCCGGUAGAAGCAAGUUGCAGAGCGGGGGACGUGAAGCUGGACGAGCAUAGCGGCAGCGCUGUGACCAAAGAAGGGGUCAGGUUGCCACAGCUGCCAAAGCUAUGGUAUGCCGAGGGCAUUAUUAGACGCAGGCGCAGCUCGAAUCUUUUCCAUAGAGUGCAUCUGGACCCCGCUCGAGACUAAUGGCUUAGAGUACGAGAUAAAUAGGCUUUGGAAAUUUCACUAGUUGGAAUCAGGGGCGCGCGCGUGGAUGACUCGGCAAACUGUGCAACACAUCAAAGCGCCGCCCUCUGAUACUAAGGAAAGGUGGCAGUCGUGUUCUCUAAUGAGAGCAAGCAAGUUGCUGGUGCGGACGCGAUCGCCAAGAGGGAGAGAGGUGUGCCAAUUGUGACGAAGGGCACUACGGACGGCAAACCUGAGAGUCGAGGGGCCGAAAAAUGGACGAAGGACGUCCUGGAGUUCACCUAUGCUCCUCCCAAGAACAGUGACGAAUACGCCGAGCUUAUACAACCGAAAGGCGCGGGCGAUGCAUGGACACAAGCGACGGAAAAAAUUGUCAAUAAGUUCAAGAACAAGAAGAAAGAGGAACAGGAACCGGUAGACGGGGCGUUCGAAGUCAUUCUAUCGUGGAAACAUCCUUCAAAGUUGAAUGACAGCGUAGAAGUAGGCUUAACGGUCAGCGCGUGCGCUGAUCCUCAGCAGCCAAGCGAAUGCCCAGCCGGUCAUGUAUAUACUCAGCACUCUAAGCGCAUGAGCAGGACGGGCCAAGACGGCAGUUCUAUACCGAGAACUGGAUGCAGGUCUGGGAACUGGUACCAUUAAGGGUAAACUAUGUAUAACCACGAAAGCGAAACUCCAUUAACACUAUUUAUAUAUAAAUCAAGAAUAAUGCGUACACCUACAACACGGGGACCCUCUUAUCUAAGUACUUCCAUGCUGUUCGUAGGUCCUCGGAUAAAAGGAGGGAUUGAUAUUAAUCUUGGCCAUUUUGGUAAUAACGAUCGAUCCCAGAUACUUCGAGUAGUUCCACUGCUCGUCUUGAAGAUAGUGAUAGUACGACUUAUGAUUGGUCUUCUUCCUUUCUGCUUCUUCGCUGUAUCUUUCGAUCGGCCUUCGUUUCUUAAUCAUUUAUGCCAAUACCACGCCACGGAAGCCGCUAAAAUACGAUCAGUGCCCCGCCCAGCGGGGUCCAAUUUGUCACCUUUCUUGACCUAAAUGGCGUGACGGAUUACUCGGAAAUGAAGCAGUUCCGGAUUCAUAUCGAGUUCACAAAUCGCCACAUAUUAAGGCUGUACGUAAUUCAUCUUCAACGGCAUCCUUGAAACGUUUGUGGGGGAGUCUCACAGGGAAAUAGUUGUCGGGGCUGAGCGAUGAAGUGCGGAGAGCUCUAAAAAUACGAAGUGAGGAGUUACGGCACUUGAACGUCGCAUGUGCGUGAUCUAAUAGAUCAUGUUCACUCUUGGCAUAUCUUGACAUUCUUGAUAAUGAAGACAUAUAGAAACCCUUCCGCAUUUAAGAGUUCAGACGCUUAUGCUGAUUGAUAACCAUGAGCAUCUUUCUUAAUCUUUAAAUGAACCAACUCUUGACUUAACCACUUUUGUGUAGUCAUGCUUUUGACGCAGUUGUAGCUAUUGCUUGAAUGCAGUUCAGAUAAAAAUAUGAUUAAUUUAUAAUUGAGCAGUAGUUUUAUUAAGGCAGAGGUCAGGGCUCAGGGUUUCGGUUUCUUAGCGUUUAGGUCAUCUAGGAGAUUAAGUUCUACGCUUUUUGAAGUAGUUGUGAGUGUGGGUGCAGGCUCGAUAAUACAACGCAAGACUUGUUGAUGAAAAUAUGGAGGCAACGGCGUCUAACAUUGACGCACGCAGGCGAAAGUGUUGAAUACCUUGUCUCCGUUAAACAAGAUGGGACGCGUAAGAUCGUGUGGAAAGGUCGGGCGAACGCGUUGCUACAAGGCGUCACGCUUAUGGACAGGAGCAGGCGUCUCUCACGUGUUUUUUUCUCCCAUCUUCAAUCAUGAUCCUCAUUCUAAAACUAUAGCUCUCUUAUUUAAUAGAGGGAAUGAUAAUAUAAUUCCCUCUAUUUUUAAAUACCGCGCGCUGCUCCUGCUCUUUCUUCUUUUUCCUGAGUUCCGCCACUCUAUUAACGACCACAUGAUACUUUCCUGAUACGAAUAUGUAGCGUUGAUCUUGAUUAUUUCAUUAACAAUGACUAACCUAUAUUAUCUGAAUUACGACAGGGACAGACACUACACGACAUACCCGCGUCCCUUCAAGUUUGCCAAGAUGAAAGAGCAUCAAGUUAAGGCCGAUGGUAAAAAGUUCAUCAACCGAUAUCGAUAAAACUACGCUUUAAUAAUUAUCAAAAACUCCGUGAAGGGCUGGCACAACUAGUUCAUGAGUGAUAGAUUUUGUCUCGUGAGUGUAGAUCUUGGACUUCAGAAGAUCUUGGACUCCGCAAGAGCUCGUCUGUGUAGAUCUUGCGAGCUGCUCUAAGAAGGAAGAAGUAGCAGGGAGAAGAAAAUCCUAGUCGUCCCUUCAUACAACGCGCGGGAUCCGAGACUUAAGGCUCACAGUAAUUCACCUUCACAGUUCAAAUCCUCCUGCCCUUCUGCUUCUAUUUCUCUCCGAGAUAUUUUUUGACGAUAGUAAUUCAUUUUGUGGCUCAUUAAAUAGCUCAUGAGUGACUCACUUUCUUCCAGCACAGAGCAGCUCAUCUCCUCUCUGCUGGACGAAGAAAAGGCGAUGAACUAAUGCGAUAGAAGAGGGGAACUGAGACGUAAUGCCCUCUAAAAGAUGAUGCACCACACUUUCGUCGGCCAAUUCAGCCUGAAUAGUAUGGAAAAAAGUAGUGUACUCAUCCACAGACUCGCGAAAACAUAACUGGGCAGCCAGUUUCCCACUAUAUUUUUAUAGCUUCUGGCUAAUUUCUUGAGUUGUUGUAUAAUGAGUACACUUUUCCGCUUCAUAGAUUAGAAAGGGACUAUAUGUGGCGUCCAUCCGGUUGCGUCACAGACUGGACCCAAACCUUUCCCGGUCUGCGAGAGGAUAUCGUGGGGCUCUUGGAGCUUCUUCUAG